AUGAUACUGUCACAACAAUCCCUCACGCGCUCCCAAUGUCUUCAUCUCCCAAACAAUCGCAAUCAUGGCCUCCGUCGUACCCAGACCCCCAGGCUUAGCAUUGCACCACAGCCACCCAGUCACUACCAGUGUGACAGUGUCUUUCUUCAACCUUACAGCACCAGCACCAGUCAGAGGGUGAACAUUGCACCGCAGUUACCCAGUCAUUACCAGCGUGACAGCGUUGCCGUCCAACCAUGUAGCUCCAACAACAGUCUUAGACAUAGCUUUGCACCAAGCUUCCAUUCAACAACUCGAACAGAGUCACAUCCACAAUCCCCAUCACUAACUCAUCCCCUCUUUCUCGAAGAUAUCUCAGAUCAUGAGCCACUGCUCGACCCCGGUCCCAAUCCAGAGGACGAGGUUAGUCGAUGGUCGUCAGACUCUGAUGAUGAUGAUAGUGCCUUGCUUUUCAUACCCAAGUCAUUCGUCAAGAGCAAGACUCUGAGCCAGCUACAGCUUCCAAGGCGCGUUUCGAGUUGGAUUGGCGGUAUUACGUCGUCGAUGAAGAAAAGAUUCGGGUGGGGAGAAAAGGGCAAAGAGUCAACGGAGGAGGAGAAUGAGUCGCCGGACAGUGGGCUGAGUCAAGAAGAAGAGCGCGAGGAGCAGCAGUCAGAAGUGAGUCCGGAAGACCAAGAGCAGGAAGAAAAGAAGCAUCCAGGUCUCACAGCGCACAGCACAGAAAGUCCCGAAUCCUUAAACAAAGACCAACCACCUACCACAAAAUCAAUAUUCAAAAAGCACACUUCACUAUCCUCAUUCUUCUCAAUGAAAUCAACUUCCAGCUCCUCCACCAUCAAGCCCAAAGCCACUUCCUCAACAAUAAAUACCACAACCACACAGUCCUCAUCGUCGUCCAUGGCCUCAACGAGAUCUUCUUCCUCAACAAUCAAGCCAAGCAGGGCUGUUUCGCCAUCCGAGACGGUUGUAUGCACCUCACAGCGUAGCGGCAAGAUUGCAGACCAAACCCUAUCAGCAAAAAAGAAGGUCGCAACUCCAGGUAAGAAUGAUGGUGUUUGGAUAUGCUGCUUGUGCAGAAAAUGGUCCUUCGAUGCACAUCCAGUGUGUGGUAAAUGCCGCAAAACCGGCUCCAAGAAAGUCGAGUUUUUCCCUUGCCGUCAUGAAAAAUGCGGUCGUUGCGAGCAAUUUACUGAAUUGUGCCGAGAAAAGUACGGAAAGCGAGGAUGUGUUGGUCUGGAGGCUAAUUUGCUACUCAUGCUGGAAAAGUUUGUUGGUGACAUCGAUGUGCCAGUCGCUGGUGAUAUGAGAAUGGAUGAGAAAGAAGGAGGGGAUAGUAGAAUUGGUGGUUGGAUAUAA